CGCACGUGCCGUUUGACCCAAACUAAGAAAGUCCGGAAGCUCGUCUCGCCGUCGUCUCUCUCUCUCUCCCCCCUCUCACCUGUUAGCGCACAACGACGUUAACAUACGCUAAGACAAACAACGAUCGAAAGCCGAAAUACCGGAAAUAAGAAGGUGAAGACAAUCCAAUCACGCACUCCGUCUGAACCAGGGUUUCCUUGCAAUCCAAAUUAAUCUUCAAGACCCAGGGAAAUUGCUCCUUCUCCAUUGUUAUUAAUUCGUUACCACAGCUAAAUUCGUGAAGUAUUGUUUACUUCCUCAAUGCAAUUUCCAUACACGUUUGCGAUAGACAUGGAUUCCAGCGACUAGGGUUUCGCGUUCGGAAUUAAGAGCGUAGCCUUUUUUUUUUUUAAUUUGGAUUGUUUCUAGGUUUUCUGCUUGUGCUCGAGGUCCGAUAUUGAUGAUUGUGCGGAACUCGGAGAUGGAAAUGUCGACAUGUCGACAUUCCCCCCGAAUUGACACUCUAGAGUUGAAAGCUCAGAUCGUCAAGAAGUUGGGGCAUCAGAAGGCAGAGAAAUAUUUUAGUUACCUCAGCAGGUUAUUAAGUUUCAAGCUUAGCAAAGCCGAGUUUGAUAAGCUCUGCAUUAAUACCAUUGGGAGGAAGAAUGUCUCUCUCCACAACCGGCUUAUUAGAACAAUUCUCAGAAAUGCUUGUGUUGCCAAGUCUCCCCCAUUGAGAAGAAGGGUAGAAAGUUCCCUUAAUGUUAAAAAUGGGUUCGGCUAUCAAAGAAAUAAUCUUCAGAUGCUCUCUGGAGAAGUCUUUACUACAUCCCCACGCAAGGAGAAGUCUUCAGGCCUUCAAGAUCGCAAGUCUGGGGAUGGUCCAAGUCCACUUAGGCCUCAUGGGAAGAUACUGGGUACGGUAUGUGAUGAACGAGCUCCUGCCCAAGAGCAGCAAAGUGCUACGGAACUGUUUUCUCUUGGUAGCAGACCCCCUGCGGAAGUUGUCUCUGUAGAAGAUGGGGAAGAGGUUGAACAAGUGGCUGCCAGCCCAAGCGUUCAAAGUAGAAGCCCUGUCAGAGCUCCUCUUGGUAUCCCCAUUAAUAUGAGUGGAUCACGUAAAGCUCUUCGUAAUGGACUCCUAUCUGCUUUUCACCUUGAGACCUGUCAUAACAGCUAUGAGCUACCUGACACUAGGUCUUUGAGGAAACGGCUGGAGCAGAAGCUGGAGAUGGAGGGCCUCGGAAUUUCGGUGGACUGUGUUAAUCUGUUAAACAAUGGACUGGAUGUGUAUUUAAAGAGGUUGAUUAAGCCCUGUAUAGAACUUGCUGGGUUAAGAUGUGGGCAUCAACACCUAAGGGAAGUUAACAGGAUUGCCAAACCUGGUUUGAACAAAAUGCGGCCAGAGAGAUCCAUGCAAAGAUCCACUAACUCUGUUUCUGCAUCUUUAUUGGACUUUCGGGUUGCAAUGGAGUUAAAUCCUCAGAUGCUUGGAGAAGAUUGGCCUAUGGAACUUGAGAAGAUUUGCUUCCGUGCAUCCGAGGAAUGAAGAAGAGAAUACUAAUUGGUACAUACAUCAGUAUUUAACAGAAUAGCAAAUUCAAGUUCAUCAAGCAAAUUAUGCAGACUAGAUUAAGAUACAUUUUAAUGUGUAUCUUGACCUUCAUCUGUCAUGCAAUUUUUAGAAUCCACAGCAGGAAAUAAGUUGUGUGCUACAAAUAAUUGAAGAAUUGGGUCAGAAUGAGUAUGUCGCAUACAAGUAUAAUCACCAGUGUUUCCUGGGUUUGUGGGGCAUGGUAUACAGUAUAAUGUAAACAUCCAGAUACUACAAAGAACCUCAGAAUUUAGAAAGUUCAAUGGCCUUCUUCAACUGAUCUAUUAUUAUUAUUUUUUUUUUAUUAAUCUCAACUGAUAUCUAUUAUUCUAUAUUGUAUUAACUUGUUCUUGUAAAUAAAGCUUUAUUUUCCUAAAGAAUCUGCAUUUAUUAGUAGAGAAUUGGUUUGCAAAUUGAAGCAGCGAUAUUGAAUAAACUAUUUUUUGUUACACAUUCUUUCACUUAUUCUUCUACUGCAAUUGGCAAACUUUCCUUGUUUCUGCCCUAUUAGCUAUAUGGGCUAUGAAUCAAAUCGAACACCAUGUUUAAAUGAAUAUAAGUCAUACAAGACUUAUCACCAAAAUUCCUUUCUGUACUAUCGGUGAUAAGGGAAGAUACAAUUUAAACAACUCUUUUGCUUGACGUUUUUGUUCUUUUUGGUGUAUUCCAACCAAUUACUGUAGGACUUAGAAUUCCUUUCAAGUAUUUUACUCAUACAGGACUUGAGCACCAAAAUUCCUUUGUGUAGUACGAGUGACAAGGAAAGAUACAGUCUAUACUAUUCUUUUGCUUGAGUUUUUCACUCUUUUUAUUGUACUCUAACCAAUUUCUGGUUGGAAUCAGAAUUCCUUUGAACUAUCUUACUCAUAUCAAGGAUCUAAACCAUUUUCUUUUCUCAUGGUACUAUUGGUUGGAUACAUUCUCUAUUGAACUUAUUUGUCAUAUUGCUCUUCCAAUUCUGAAACGUGUUCACAGUUUACUAUAAGCUACAAUGACACUUCUAUGCCAAUCGUUUUUUGUUACAUACAUCUAUUGAAAUCUUGUCUAAUUCUACAGUUGUGCUUGCUUACAUUUCUUUUUUUUAAUUAUAUACUCACACUAGCAGAGUAGUAGAUCUAAGAUGGAUUAAAUGAACUACAUGGGAAUCAGAACCCGAUAUAUGUCUAGUAAUCUAACUUGGAAUGGCAAAAAAAUGUAUUGUUUACACAUCUCUAGAGAAAAGUAUAUACUACUAAAACAGUAAGCAGUCUUUAGUCCUAGCAUUACCUACAUAAAAAGUUCUAGAAGUUUAUUUGUUAUGUAGUUAAAAUUCUAUAGGAAAAAUGGCAAGCAUCAUGCACACUCUCUAUUAAUUUAUGUAAAAUAAGCAAGGAUUAAAAGGAAAAAAAGGUUAUCUAAAAGUGCCCCUCAAUAAUCUGUUGAGUGUUUGGAAUCUGACCAAUGUUUCGUUGUCGGUGAAACACAAGACUUUCCAAGUAUUGCCAGAUCCUUGUAAAUUCAAUCUAUUUAACUUCAUCCAAUUGAUCAAAAAAAAUAUACAUAUUAGCUUUCAUCCAAUUGUUCCAUUCUUCCAGAUGGUCAUGAGAAAACUUGUGAUAUGGACAGAAAGUGUUCUAAUGGGAUCUUCAUCAUUAUCAUUGGUGGAUAUAUUAGAGGCCUCCUGGCCCCCAUGUCUUUACUUAUCAACAGUUGUUUGC